UUUUAUCCGCUUAAUGAGUAUAUGAGUAAUUUACUCAACCACCAGAUCACAAGCAAACUCGGUAAAAAUUAGGUUGAGGUUGCGAGGGAGCGCUGCGAUUAACCUUGCUCAUGGCGACGGCGACUUCCUUUGCGACGCCGUUCUUCACCGGUGGUUUACAGAGUAAGAAGGUCAAAUCUUUAAUUGCUCAUCAAACUCAGUUGGCUCUUCCACAGAAGCCAAAGUUGUUACAAUCCUGCCGUAGUAUGUCCGUAUGUGCUAAGUACAGCGAUGAUUCUGGAAGUGGAGGCGGUGAUUUUAUUGCUGGGUUUCUUUUGGGAGGAGCGAUCUUUGGAACUCUGGCUUAUGUAUUUGCUCCACAGAUAAGGAGGUCACUUCUCAACGAAGAUGAGCAUGGGUUUCGGAAGGCCAGGCGGCCGAUUUAUUACGAAGAAGGUUUAGGCUUAGAGGAAACUCGGCAAACACUGAACGCGAAGAUAAAGCAACUGAACAAUGCCAUCGACAAUGUUGCAUCCCGGUUAAGAGGUGGGGGGAAGGUGGCCGAACCUGCGGAAGCCGAUUCUGAGUUUGAAGCUUCGGUGUAAGCUUGUUUAUCCCUACGCAAAGUCCUAUCAACCGAAAAGAUGUAGUAUCAUAAAGCCAUUCAGUUUCUCAUGGCAAUUUGUUUUCGAAUUUACAAAUUGCAUAUUGCGUUUCAGCCAGGGCGUUACUUUUGAUGUUUGCUUGCAUCGCAAUUUGUUUUAAACGUGGAAAACAAACCUGCCUAAUUGUACGAAGUGAGCAUAAUUGAGGCAACCAUCGAAAGAACAUUGAUUUUCUUCUAUUGAAAUUGUUAAAAGAAAGAAAUUUUUAUAUCA